AUGAAGGAAGAAAGGCUUAGUGCUUUAGGAAUGCUGUCUGCAGAAAAACAUUUUGUUAGUGGCAUUGAAAAUUUUAAUAAUAAGGUGGAAAAUAUAAAAAACGGUGGAAUACUGAUCAAAUGUGAUGGUUCGGAUGAUGCCAAUAAACUGAAGGAUUUGGCGUCGCGGCACCUUUCUGCCGAUUAUGAGGUGAAGGAGGUGAAGAAGUUCAACCCGCGCUUAAAAAUUGUUGGAAUGUCUCAGUGUAUCGAAAAAGAGGAGUUGUAUACAAUGCUGAAAUCUCAAAAUAAUGCGUUUCAUGCUGAAAGUGAGUGUAGUGUUUUAAAAGUUUGGCCAACAAAAAAAUCAGCUACUGUUUAUCAACCUAUUUUAGAUGUAGAUUGUACUACUUAUGCUAAUGUUCUCAAUCAAGGUAAGGUCCUUGUCAAUUAUGAUAGUUGUGCGGUUUAUGACGCAAUCAAUUUAAAAUUGUGCUUCAAAUGCUGUGGGCUGAAUCAUUAUGCAAAAAAAUGUAGAAGUAGUAGUCAAACCUGUGUAAAAUGCUCUUUGGAUCAUAAGGUGUCUGAUUGUCGAUCUGUCAAUCUAAAAUGUAUUAAUUGUGUAAACGCCCAUCAUUCAAAAACAGAUCACGCUGCCUGGGAUACAAAUCAAUGUACAGUAUACAAAAAUAAAUUAAAUGAAUACAAAAAAUCUAUAACAGGUGACGUAUAG